CUACACAUAUCACCUGUUCUCUUUUUCAUUCAUGGCUUUAUCUUUCUCUAGUGCUGGAUUCUCCUCAAAGCUACAAUACAACCCAAACCCACCAUUAAAAUACUUGAAAACAUGGAUUCAAAACCCCCAUAUGGUUUUCAGAUGUGAAUCAUCAGAAUCUGAAUUCCCAGAAAAGCAGUCAGAGUUGCCCAAAAGGAAUUCAAAACUUCAGAUCGGGUCUCCAAUUGUAUUCGUUGAAGCUCCAGAGAUUAUAAAGACUGCAGCUUCAGUGCCAUGUCUCAGGGUCAAUACAGGUUUAGUUAAGGCAGGUGAUGUGGGAAGAAUUGUGGCAAGAAAGCCUAAGGAUGUAUGGGCAGUACGUCUUGCUAUUGGUACCUAUCUCAUAGAUGGAAAGCAUUUCAGGCCCUUAGACCUAGAUGAAUGAUUAAUGGUUCACAUUUAUACAGUUCUUAUGAGGUUCUAAGAGACCUUUUAUG